AUGUUGUCCAGCAGUUAUAGCAAGAUAUAUUGUGUGGUGGCACUCUGCCUCGGCCUGUUAGUCCAAUAUACCAGUGCGAACGCAAUUGACCUUUCCGUAUUGGGCGAGAAUUCCUUUGACAGGCUCCGAGUGGGAUGGGCGCUCACCGUCAACGAGCAAUGUCUUUACGAGUUUUCGCUUCAGUUCGAACACGACGAAACCCUGCCACUGGGUCAAGAUAACUUUGAAGGCGACUGUAGUAUUUCCGGUGGUGGUAAUGCGGCGGAUGGCAAGCCCAUUUUCGAUGCUCGUUCGAGUUGGGAUCGAUUUCCCAGAUAUGUAUGGGCCACUACUGGAUUCCAUCACAUGAGCAUUGAUUGGUAUCCCUGUGGGAUCUUUUCGGGAACGGCAGGCCAAGCAGGAGCGGAUGGCUAUUCCACCGCUCAAUAUCACUUUUCCUUCUUUCGAGUGACUCCUGAAUUUAGAGCGGAAACAAUGACAUGUGAUGUUACGGACCAAGUCGUCAUUCCAGGAGAAAAGGUUUGCAAAUUGGAACAAGAUGCUACAAAUGACAAGGGACUUGGCUUUUACAUUUUCCCUGCCAGUAUAACUCCCGUGGGGGUGGCUGACAAGACAGCCAUUGUUAACAUGCCUGAUGGAUUCAAACCGCCAGUGUAUGGGACAGCCCGACCGCAUGUGGGAUUCCGUGCUUGGGAUCAAACCAUGACACCCUUUGCACCGGACCAAUGGAAGGAUUUGCCAGCCUUUAUGAGCACCUACGCUGGAGAUUUGGCCAUGUUCCAACCCCAUGUGUCGUAUCGUCAAGUAUCAGGUGACACAUCCAAGUUUACUGCCAAUGCCCAGAGGUACCACAGUGAGACCUUGCGAAGUCUCCCUGAUUCCUUUUCGGUUCAUUACGAUUCCAAGAAUGGGCUCAUUCAUUACCGGAUGGUGGGCAAGUCGCAGCUGUGCAAGGAAAAGUUUGAAUCGGCCAAGGCUGCGGCGGGGGGCGAUCCAGUCUUUCCCAACUACAAUGAUUAUGCCUUUCAAAAGAAUUUCACCGAAAAUGGCGGAGAAGGCUUUACACAAACUGGUGGUGGGGGGUCGUCGUCUGCUUUUGCAUGGGACAAUCAUAUAUUGCUGACCCUGGGCAUCACAACGACUUGCAUCGUUCUGUUAACUACAGUAUUGUAA